CACACACACACACACAGUCACCAACCACCCGCGCCACACCACUACAUUCUGCACAGCCACGCCCGCUCAGCAAGGCGUGGAGGGCGUGAGGAUGGGAGGGCUAGGAGGGCGUGGGGUGGCAAUGCGUGUGGUGGUGAUGGUGAUGGCUGCAGUGGUGUUGUUGAGCAUCACCAUCUUAUCGAGGCCGUAUAGUGAUCACCUCCUGCUGUCCCUGGAAGGCCCGCUGCCCACAGACCACCCUGAACUCCUGCGCUAUCUUCGUCAGGAGGUGUUGGUGCCGCCUGCCACUGGGGACUACAACCUGCUGGGGAGGAAGAACGCGGCACUACUGAAAAUGGAGAAGAGUGAAGUAUUUUACAACGAGACGCUGAGGACGCUGCUGGCUGACAAGCGCGGCGGGUUCUUCGUGGAGGCGGGGGCGCUGGACGGAGAGAGCAUGUCCAACACACUGUGGCUGGAGCAGGAGCGGGGCUGGACGGGGCUGCUGGUGGAGGCUGACCGCACCGCCUUCCUCGCCCUCAGAGACAAGCGGCGGAAGGCGUGGGCGGCCAACGUGUGCCUUGCGCCCACGCCCUUCCCGGCUAAGAUGCUGUUCACGCAGUCCUCUCACGCUCCGGGGCCGCUGAGCAAACCACUGGGGUUCAAGAUGCGCGCAAUGAACGGCCUCGUGCAGUACUCCACUAAGCAGGUGGUGGGUGACUCGUGGUUUCAGCGGGUGCAGUGCGUGGCCCUGGAGUCCUUACUGAUGUCCCUCGGGGUGCAGCGUGUGGACCUACUAGUACUGGACGUGGAGGGGGCAGAGCAGGCCGUGUUGAAUCACCUGGAUCUGGACAAGUUUAAUGUGCAGGUGUUGUGUUUGGAGUGGAAGAAGCAGGCGGAGCAGCAAGUGGUGGUGGACGACCUGGCACAGCGGGGCUUCGAGCUGGUGGCGCGGCUCAGGGAGGACCUCGUGCUGGUGCGGCGAGGCUCUGAGUACGCCACAAGACUCCCCACUACGACGCUGCCCAAAGCCUCGGAAACAGUGACGCCCCGGACGGUGCACACAGCGGGAGGCAGCACAUGACCACUGUAGGCGCUCCACUCACCCACCGUCUCUCGUCCUGCCUAGAUAAGAAAAUUUGUUAGUGUACGCUGCACGAAGAAAUUUGUAUAUUUUGUUAAUUAUUGUACGCUGCACGAAGGAAUUUGUAUGACUUCUACAUCAUAGCUCAAGAUUAUUUACACAGUCAAAUGAUUGGGUUGAUUUCUUAUGGCCAGUAGUAGUAGGUCAAGGUUUGAUAAACAGAUGAACUGUCACGGAGAUACUGUUUGUGUGUUUUAACCUCCACCGUUCGUAGUCUUGACACCGAGAUCUGUUUAUUGUCAGCUGGCAGCUUGGAGUCGUCCUGGUACAUGAUCACCCUUUCCUGUAACCUUUCUUCCUAAUGUAUACUCUUCUCCGGCAUUCCUUUUCAGUUUACAAUAAUUCUUCUGUAAGGUAUCCAACUCCUUCCCGAGGUUGAACGACCCCAAGGUACAAGUCUUCUGGUUGAGUCCGCCCUGCAAAUACAAAGAAUACGGUUACACUUCCAGGGGUCACUGCAGUGUGAUUAGUUAAAUAAACCACAUAUAAAAUA